AUGCCCGCACCGACGGCGCUACAACGCGCGCCUCCAGAGACCAUCGCAGACUCCAUAUCCCAGUCCCUCCAUGACAUCCCUCCCACAGCCGAAGCAAAUGAAGAAGAAAAUAUCGAAGACGUGGACAUAAUAACAGUGCCUGCUCAACCCGAAAGCACAGCACUCCAACCACAAGAAGAGGAAGAGACAGAAGCAAUGCAAAUCGACGAAGAAGGACGACCUCGCUUCGCCCCAUCCUCUUCCUCCUCACUCUCAGAGACAACGACUCCCGCUCUACGAAUCCAAUCCCGCAAAGUCCCCGUCCCACCACACCGCAUGUCCCCCCUCAAAUCGAGCUGGUCAAAGAUCUACCCACCCUUAGUCGAACACCUCAAACUCCAGGUGAGGAUGAACAUCCGGUCCAAGUGCGUCGAACUACGCACGUCCCGCUUCACCACCUCGGCCUCGGCGCUCCAAACAGGCGAAGACUUCGUCCGGGCGUUCACCCUGGGAUUCGACGUCGACGACGCCAUCGCCCUGUUGCGCUUGGACGAUUUAUACAUCGAGACCUUUGAGAUCAAGGACGUCAAGACUCUCCAAGGGGAACACCUGGGCAGAGCGAUCGGGCGGAUCGCGGGGAAGGACGGCAAGACGAAAUUCGCGAUUGAAAAUACGUCAAAGACUCGGCUAGUGUUGGCGGAUUCAAAGAUUCAUAUCCUGGGCGGGUUCCAGAAUAUUAGGAUUGCGAGGGAGGCGGUGGUCAGUUUGAUCUUGGGCGCGCCGCCGGGGAAGGUUUAUGGGAAUUUGAGGACGGUGGCGGCGAGGAUGAAGGAGAGGUUUUAA